AUGUGUGCAAAGAGUGUGAUAGCUAUAUUAGUUAUACCAAUAUUGUGCAGUGCAAAAAUCAAAAUAGACAUAAAGACGGAUUCAAUUCAUGAAGAUAUAAGAAUCAAAGUUUCCGGACACGAUAACAAGUUGGUAACUGACAAAGAAAUAGCAUUAUUCAAUAUUACAAAAGAUAAUCUAUUGCAGGGUAUUAGAGUUGAGCUCGGAAGGUCCCCUAAGGAUGUUUUCUUGAAGGACCCAACGCCUUAUAAAAAUUUGUUUAAACGUUACAAAUGGGAAGAGGUAAGAAGACAUCUUAAAGUAACGAAAACAAAAGUGCUACAAGUAGUUAACGAAUACGCUGUUUUAAACGUUCAUGAACAUAUCAAUACGGCUUCAAGUUCCAUAAAUUACACUGCAGCUGUUUUUCAAACCGUCGAAAAUACAAUUCUUUCCUUUUGGUCAAAAUAUGGUUUGCCUGAAGACGACAUUUUUUACGAUAUUGGUGUUAGUUUUUACAACAAGAUAUUCAAUUAUGAAAAUAAAUGGCGAAAUGAUUCUAUAAGGACUGUAAACAGUGCUUUCGGUAUAAAAAAGGAAGGAUUUGCGGAAAUUAUGCCAGGUCAAACAAUUUUAAGUAAAUUAACAGGAUUAAAGACUAUUAUACUAAUUGAAAUUGAAUAUACAGCCAAAUUAAUUGGGAAUAUAAUAGCCGAUUACGAAGCUUUAUAUGGGAAAUAUCAUUUCUACUCGCCAACGAUUGCCAAGAUUAUGAAAGCUGCAAAUCUGUUGAAUGAAGCGAAAACUACGGAAUGGAUUGAAAUAAGGUGUUACACGGAACCUGAACUUCGCAUUAUCUACAAAGACACUGGAUUGGAUGUACCUUUUUAUUAUCCUCGGAAGUUUUACGUGUAGUGAUGAAUGCGUUAUUCUAUGCAAUACCAAAUGAUGGGACGAACAUGUCGUGCGCCUGGAGUUAAGCGAGCAUCUGUCCACAACCGUUGCUGUGCCACUCAGAGCUUUGAUUCGUAAAGAUCUGAUGGACAAUGCCACCACGCCCGUCACCCUGAAACAUAAGUUGACAAGUCCUAUGUGGAUGUAGAAUACAGGUUCAUUUACUGUAGGUUUUUUGGUGAUAAGUUAAAAAAAUUCAGUGUUAAAUUUUUUUUUACUUUAAUUUUUUUUAAUUUCAAAGCAAUGAUAAUAUUAAUUUUAUUAUUCUCAAUACGUUAUCGCAUACCGUUAUAUCGACUUAUCCGAAGAAUAAAGUCCGAUGUGAUUAUAUAGCGAAAAGAGAAUAAGUACGUUACGUUAUUCAAACCAAGGCCUAUGUAAAGGUGUUUUGAGAAUUUAUAUAUCUUAUUUCAUUUCGGAAAUAUAAAAUCGAA